AUGAAGUUCGCCGAAGCUCUUAGUGAUGGCUUGGUUGCAGAAUGGCAAGACCAAUACGUUGAUUACAAAGGUGGUAAAAAGUUGAUAAAGAAGAUUCGCAAACUCAAGGACGAAAUACCGUUAUUGGACUCGAAUGAUUUAGAGAGACGCGAUAGGACAUAUGGAGAUGAUGCACCACCAAUAUCAGGUUCAAAUAGUCGAUAUGAAAAUAGACGACCUUCAGUUUUCAACUAUUCACUCAAAUCUAGUAAGACAGAUUACUUUACAGAACGGAGGAAAUUUCAACUUUGGCUCGAUGAACAAUUGAUGAAAGUGGAUGAGUUUUAUUCCGAAAAGGAGCAAGAUGUCUACGAGCGAUUUUUGUUAUUAGAAGAUCAAUUAUACCAAAUGAGAGAUCAAAAGAACCAGAUACUGCGACAACGAAGACAACAUGAUGGAACUGCGCAUGGUGUAGCAGCAAGUGGAGAACGUGUAAUUCCACAUAGAGUUAAUGAUUUAGCAUUUCACACAAAAUUCUUUAUUAGUGAAUUGAAUAGGUGGGACUUACCUUCGCUUCCGUCCAUGGCAUUUUUGAAGAAAUUAAAAGGUAGAAAGAAGGUAAAAUAUGAAGACGAUAUAUCAUUGCAUGUUCAAGAUUCUGUCGACUUGAAUUACGCCGAGAAUCGAGUCAGGAAUGGACUUGUCGAAUUAAGUGAUCACACAACAGAUCAAACCUCGUUGGACUCAGAGUCUGAAAUUGAGGAGUUUUCACCUACUACCCCAACUGAACCACAGAACGCUGAUCAAGCACGACAAACUCGAAGACGUGAUUACACCCCAAAGAAACAACAUUUUGGAGUCCCAUACUUGUAUGCGAAAAAGCAAUUAAAAUCAGCUCUUUUGGAACACUAUCGAGCGUUGUCGAUUUUAAAAUCCUACCGAACAAUGAAUAGGACUGCAUUUCGAAAAAUUACCAAGAAAUACGACAAGGCAAUGCAUACAAGUGUUAUGGAACCAUUUAUGGAGAGAAUUAACACUUCUUCGUAUUUCUUAACUAGUGAUUUAGUUGACAAGAUAAUCAAUCAAGUGGAUGAGCUUUAUAUUACAUUUUUUGAUCCGGAGUCGAAGGACAGAAAACAGUCACUUGAAAAAUUGAGAACGAUUGCGUAUACAUUCAAUUCGACAGAAAUGAAACAACCUCAGUAUUAUACUGAAUUUUUCAGUUCUGGUAUAUUUAUUGGGUUUGGGAUUCCGCUAUUCACAUUGGCAUUGUAUACAGCGUUACACAAGACAAUCAAAGGAGAGCUUCCUGAAGGGCGAUAUUUAUUACAAGUAUGGGGUGGAUUCUUUCUUUUGACAUUUGCAUUCCUAUUAUUUGGAAUAAAUAUGGCCGUGUUUGACAAAUUUAGAAUCAACUACAAGUUUAUUUUUGAGUUUGAUAUAGCUUCUGCUUUGAACUAUAAACAAUUUUGGUUGCUUCCCUCGUUUGCAUUUGCAUUCAUGUCACUAUUAGGGUGGUUUAGCUUCAACAAUUUUUGGCCUGAUAAAUUUCCCGGUAGAGAUUGGCCGUGGAUAUUUUUUGGUGUUAUGUUGGCGCUAUUUCUUUGGCCCACCAAUGUGCUCUAUGGGUCCAGUCGAAGGUGGUUACAAUUUGCAUUAUGGAGAUUACUUUUAUCGGGACUCUACCCAGUUGAGUUUAGAGAUUUCUUUUUGGGUGAUAUUGUAUGUUCAUUGACGUACACCAUGGGUAACCUACCAUUCUUUUUCUGUUUGUUUUCCCAUCAUUGGAAUGGAACGUUGGCUGGUCAGCCUGCAAGUGCAAACACCUGCACAUCCUCCAGGUCGAGAUUAAUGGGAUUUUUCAGUUCUUUACCCAGUGUGUGGCGUUUGUCGCAAUGUAUACGUCGUUAUAUGGACACUGGAGAUUGGUUUCCUCAUUUGGCAAAUAUGCUAAAGUACACAGUAUCAACUGUGUACUACAUGACGUUGAGUAUUUAUCGUAUCGAGAACAAGGAAAGGAACAGGAUUGUUUUUAUUGUAUUUGCAGCAAUCAACUCAAUAUACACAUCGAUAUGGGAUAUAGUUAUGGAUUGGUCAUUGUUACAAUCGGGCUCCAAACAUUUCUUAUUGAGAGAUUAUUUAUUUUACAAGAAACCAUACUAUUAUUAUAUAGCUAUGGUUCUUGAUGUGAUUUUACGGUUUCAAUGGAUUUUUUAUGCAUUUUUCACCCAUCAGAUUCAACAAAGUGCAGUAACAUCAUUCUGCGUGGCUUUGGCUGAAAUCCUACGUCGAUUCAUAUGGAUCUUUUUCAGAAUGGAAAAUGAACAUUGUACAAAUGUGAUUCUAUUUAGAGCAUCGAAGGAUACCCCAUUACCUUAUGCAGUAUCAGUUAAGGUUGAGCGUGCGGUUAAAAAGUUGGUGGAAUCGAGAUAUGAAGAUCGGAAAUCAUCUGAGGAAGAUCGGAUCGCAGAAGAAAAUGUGGGCUUCACCACGGGACGUGCUGGAUCUAGAGGUGAUGAUGGUAGUAGAAGUUCUGUUGAUCUCACAAGGUUGCUGACUAGACAAUCGAUGCCUCAAUUGCAACAACGUAAAACAUACUUUAAGCAAAUCACUGAUCGAUUAAAUACAGCCCAUAUAAAGGAUUUCCAAAGAAGAAAGACUGCUGCCCGCAUAGAUGAGGAUUCUGAAGAUGAUGAAGACGACGAUGAUGCAAGCAUUAUUGGCAAAUCAACUAGAGCUUCACACGUGUCGUCCAUCAGAGAUGAGUAG